GUUUUGGCUCUGGUUGAUGUGGGGCUAUAGAGGAAGACACCAGCCCAAGGUGCAGCACAGUGGGAUUGAACUCAAAACCACAUGGUUGUUUUUCGACUUACUCACUUGUGUCGUCACUAUUUAAAGAUGGACGACCACGGUCAAAGUUUUACUGGUAGUAAGCAGUCGAUUUGGCCCCGAGAGACGGUUUACCUUGUAUUAGUUGGGUUAUUGCUGUUAACUAUUUUGAUACUUACUCUCAUUAACCGAUGGUUCAGCUCUAACGAGCCACUGCAACCAGUCAGAGUUGAAGCUGUACAGCGGCUACAGAAUGUUCCUGUUCGUGAGAAUAUCCCAGUUGGAGCCAGGCGUAAAAUAGCUCGGCGGCGAAUGCAACUGGAGAGAGAGAGAGAUUCAGAUGAUGAUGUACCUGUUGAUGUAGGAAGAGGAGAGGAACCAAGUCUUUCGGAUAAUGAAGAAAGUAUUUUCGACAACAUUGCCAUGCCUGAAGGCAAGAUUGGUGCCAAGAAGAUGCGUAAACUACAGGAAAAGGCAGAGAAAAAAGCAAUGAGAGAGCAAAUGGAGAUAGAGCGUGAGGAGAAGAGGGAGCGGUUAGCUGCCCAGGAGGCGAAAAAGAAAGAAGAGGAGAAAAGACGAGAACAAGAAAAAGCUGAAAGAGAACUUGCACUGAAGAAAGCAAAGGAAGAAGAAGAGAAAAGGGAACAUGAAGAAUAUUUGAAGAUGAAAGCUGAGUUUACAAUAGAUGAAGAAGGAGAAGAAGAAAAAACAACAGAUUUAGAUGUAAGCUUUUUAAUUUUUCAUGUGUUAUUUUAUUGCAUAUUUCAGGAGCUCAAAGUUGUAAUGCUGGAAGAUUUGGCUCACCAUUUCUCAAUAAAAACACAGGAAGCAAUUGAUCGGGUGCAGUGUCUCCUUGGUGACGGCACAUUGACUGGAGUCAUGGAUGACCGUGGAAAGUUCAUCUACAUCACCAUAGAUGAAUUGCAGGCCAUAGCAAAACAUAUCCAACAGAGAGGACGGGUAUCAGUUCAAGAUUUGGCUGUCUCCAGCAACAAAUUGAUUGAGUUGAAUCCUAAUAACGAACUGGCACAGAGACGUUUGCUGGGUGAAGCUUCAGCAUGAUACUUCAUGGUUUCCAGCUAACUGUAUAUGUCUAUUUGUUUAUGUUCAUAUAUAUAUAUGUAAUUAUGUAUAUGUGUUUGUGUGUUUAUUAAUUGGCAGAAGUUACAGAUUGAUUCCAGGGCUGAGAGUUUCGUGUAUUGGCACUUAUCAAACUGGUUUCCAGUUUUGAGCGUUACAUUUAUGUUGACCAGCUUAAAUGAUAACUAUAAUUUUCUGGACUUUUCUAGAAUAAAUUAUAUAAACAAUUUCAA